AUGUACUGGAAUGGGAAAAUGUGGCAUGUUGAAGAGAUUAAGCUUUAUGUUCAAUCAUUGGUGUCCUCAUGGCAUCAUGCAUAUUCCUCCACGUCUGCAUGGAGUAGUAACAUUAUGCCUCCUAUGCAUGCUGGUUCAAACUCUAGUUGGUGUCCGCCUCCGGAAGGUUUUUUGAAGUGUAAUGUUGAUGCUGCGUUGCUCGAUGAUAUCAUGGGUUUUGGGGCAGUGGUGAGAGAUCAAGUUGGGAAGUUUGUGGCGGCCUUCUGUCGUCGUUUGCAUUGUUUUCGAGAUCCCUAUCUGGCGGAGACGAUGGCGGUAAAAGAGGCUCUUACUUGGUUAAAGAAUUAUGGUCAUAAUAAUGUGAUACUUGAGUCUGAUUGUUUAAAUUUCUGCACUAGCUUUAAUUCUGGUUGUUUAAACUUUUCAUAUGUGGGUCUUAUUAUUAAGCAUUGUUCAAUUGCUAAUGGCAUUGGGAACAUUGUUGUUCGCCAUGUCAAGAGGUCAGCGAAUCACGUAGCUCAUGUGCUUGCACGGGCGACGGAUUCUUCUUCUGUCCUUGGGGUUUGGGAUGUCUCCCCGCCCUGGUGUAUUUCUGAUCUGGUUGCUUUUUAA